AAAUAGAAGUUAGAACAAUAGCUAAUAAAAAAAUUCAUACGCGGAGGAAUUGGAUUUGAUCAAGGUCGCUCUGUCUCAUCGGAAUCGGAGAUCGGAAUUCUCCUUCAAGUGUUCGCCUUUGCCGGCGGUCCGAUCUCCGACAGUUCAAUGAUCACCAUUCCAUACUUGACUGCCUUGUCCACCUAUUUCAGCUAUGGCUUGCUCUUUGCCUUUGGCCAAUUUCGUGAUUUCUUCAGAAAAAUAUUCGAUUGGUGGAACGCCAGUAAUCUUCAGGGAUAUGCACCUAUCUGCUUAGGACUCGAAGAUUUCUAUAUCCGUCGGUUGUAUCUUCGCAUUCAGGAUUGUUUUGGAAGGCCAAUAUGCAGUCCUCCUGAUGCUUGGUUUGACGUGGUAGAGCGUGUAUCCAAUGAUAAUAACAAGACACUAAAUCGGACCACAAAAGUUUCAAGGUGCCUGAACUUGGGAUCAUAUAAUUACCUUGGUUUUGGUGCUUCUGAUGAAUAUUGUACCCCACGUGUUAUUGAGUCUUUGAAAAGAUUUUCCGCAAGCACAUGCAGUACCCGUGUUGAUGGAGGCACCACAACGCUACAUAGUGAAUUGGAAGUGUGUGUGGCUAAUUUUGUUGGAAAACCAGCUGCUAUUGUUUUUGGUAUGGGUUAUGUAACAAAUUCAGCUAUUCUUCCUGUCUUGAUUGGAAAGGGAGGUUUGAUCAUCAGUGAUUCUCUAAACCACAACUCUAUUGUAAAUGGUGCUAGAGGUUCUGGAUCCAACAUUCGUGUUUUUCAACAUAACACACCAUCACACUUGGAGAAAGUCUUGAGAGAACAUAUUGCUGAGGGACAACCCAGAACACACAGACCAUGGAAGAAGAUAAUCGUUGUGGUCGAGGGCAUAUACAGUAUGGAAGGGGAGCUUUGCCAACUCCCAGAGAUUGUUGUGAUAUGCAAGAAGUACAAGGCAUAUGUGUAUCUGGAUGAGGCUCAUAGCAUUGGAGCAGUUGGAAGAUCUGGAAGGGGAGUCUGUGAGCUUUUAGGAGUUGACACUGCUGAUGUGGAGAUUAUGAUGGGAACUUUUACAAAGUCAUUUGGAUCAUGUGGGGGUUAUAUUGCAGGAUCAAAGGAACUUAUCGAAUAUCUGAAGUACACUUGCCCAGCUCAUCUCUAUGCCACAUCAAUAUCACCUCCAGCUGCCCAACAAAUAAUUUCUUCUAUCAAGGUUAUACUCGGUGUAGAUGGUUCUAGUAGAGGGGCUCAGAAGCUAGCACAGAUACGUGAAAAUAGCAACUUUUUCCGCUCUGAAUUACAGAAGAUGGGCUUUGAGGUUCUGGGGGACAAUGAUUCUCCUGUCAUGCCCAUUAUGCUCUACAAUCCAGCAAAAAUACCUGCUUUUUCACGGGAGUGUCUCAAACGAAAAGUGGCAGUGGUGACAGUUGCUUUUCCAGCUACUCCUUUACUUUUGGCCAGAGCACGAAUUUGCAUAUCUGCUGCUCACUCAAGGGAUGAUCUUAUUAAAGCGCUCGAGGUUAUCAGCGAAGUUGGUGAUCUAGUGGGCAUAAAAUACUUUCCUGCCGAGCCCAACAAAGAGCAGCUAGAAGCAAACAGAGUCAAGCUGGAAUGAGUUAAGUUUCUGUUUUCCCCAGUUUCGCCAAAGGAGGUUCAGAAUUGAUUCAAUCAAGCAUGAUACGUCUUUAGGAUGAGAAGUUUUGACACUUUUUAACUUUUGUAUAGAAGAGCCUUCGCGUACUACAUGGGAUAGCCUUAUCUUUCUCUAAUGCUUCACGAAAGAGAUGCUGCAAAGUGUCAAGUCGUGGAUAAUUUGUUCUCUCAAAACUAAAUAGAGAAAUGACAGGAUAAAGCAAAUCUUCAAUAUUGACUCACAAAUUGCUGAAGAAAAUUUCAUGUAAGGCGGAGAGGAAGGAAACUACACAGUAGUGAAAAGACAAUAACAACACUGUAACAAGAAGAACAAGGAGCAAAAACAUGAACGUUGAUCCGAAUGAUCUUUGACUCAUAUAAUUCAGCUUGCUAUUGCCUAUUAUUUUUGUCUUUUCAGUUAUUUGCUAGCAUUAGUUUCUGGAAACUUGUUAGUCAAACUGUUAAAGAAUGGACUUUCAGCUAAUAUGAAGGUUUGCCAUGCUUGUGUACA